UUUUAGUCAUACACUAAGACUGACGUGGGUCACCCCAUCUAUCCCAGAGUGACCCAGUCCUUGUAUACUUAAGUUCUGGCCCUGGGAGUUUCCGGAUCCGUUGAAAACAGAAUUUUCUUAUUCUGCUCUCCAGGGUGACUUUCUCACCAUUUUUUUGAAAGAAAGAAAAUGCAGCAGCGAGAAGAGAAGCAGCUUGAGGCCUCGAUAGACGCUCUCAUCAACCGAGUUGCACACCUAAAAAACUCGCUGCACAGUUUUAUUUUUAAACUUGAGAACGAGUACGACAGACUGACAUGGCCUUCUGUGCUUGAUAAUUUUGCUUUGUUAUCGGGUCAGCUUAGCACCGUCAAUAAGCUCAUGAGAAGUGAGAAGACGCCUGCCUUCCGGAACCAGGUCAUCAUCCCUUUGCUGCUGUCUCCAGAUAGAGAUGAAGAGCUAGCAAAACUGACAGAGCAGCGUGUUCCUGUUUUCAGUCAUGAGAUUGUCCCAGAUCACCUGCGCACAAAGCCUGACCCCGAGGUGGAGGAGCAGGAGAAGCAGCUGAGCACUGAAGCAGCUCGUAUCGGACAGGAUGUGGCACAGAAACAGAUCCAGACUCUUAAUAAAUUGUGUUCAAACCUCCUGGAAAAGCUGAAUAAUCCUCGAGAGGACCGUGAAGCUGAAAAUUCAGCUAUGCGCCAGAACAAGCCAACUUUUAAUCCCGCGGAUACAAAUGCGCUGGUGGCAGCAGUAGUGUGUGGCAAGGGGUUGUCAAAUCACAGGCCCCAAGGGCCAGGAGGGCCAGUUCCUCCUGGAGGAGGCCCCAUGCUGUCUGGGGGCCCAAGUCUGCAGCAGGUCAUGCAAAGGUCUGCCAACCAGCAAGCAGCCAUGGGUGGGCAGGGCCCCCCUCAACAGCCAGGGAAAAUGCCCAGCAGCAUAAAGACAAACAUCAAGUCAGCUUCGAUGCAUCCUUACCAGCGCUGAGUCCACUCUAUGCAUCAGCUGAGAUGCUGUGCCUGCCUAAAGAGAAUGUUAAAGCACCUUGCGUAACUACCUACAGAGUGCAGUUCUUUUAUUAAUAAAACCUUCUGUAGCAGGCAGUGAUCAGGUUAGCUCCGUCCCACAGUCCGGCUGUCAUGAAACAUUUUAAACCAGACCCUGAUUAUGAACUGCACACUUGUGUAAUUACAUUUUCUGUGAUUUUAAAAUGUUCUGCUCCUGCAAAUGCCCUCGCUGUGUGAUAAGUAGAUAAUCUCUGUGGUCUAAAGAUGUAGAUUUAAAUAAAAUUAAUACCAUA